UUCCUCUGCGUCGACAAUCCUCGCAACUACAGAGCAACUUUACUAAGGUCCCGGACCUGAUUUCUCAAUCGCUGCCUAUUACGUAGCCCACACGACAGUUUCCGAAAUACACACAAUGGCACCCCCACCUCCUGCCUCCAUGCCUUUGGGCCAGCGCCUUGCUGCCCUUGCCCAAACUCUCCAGUUUGCUUGGUUCGCCGGACACGUUACCCUGCUGCUCGCUACUUUGCGAUACAGCUUGUCCUACAUCACCUUCAACUACUCCUCGCGAUGGGCCGCCUUCUCUUACCGCACUGCCUUCCUGUCGGCAUGCGUCACAUACGGCAUCGUAGUCUACAAGGCCUACCGCGCCCGCAUGAGGGCCGGAAAGCAGGGCGGUGUCGUCGCUCUUGCUACCGAUGAGAACGUUCAGUACUUGAUCAUGGCUCUCGUCUGGCUCUUCUCGCGCCAGAUCCCCCUUGCCAUACUCCCCUUCUCCGUAUACUCCGUCUUCCACGUCGCUACCUAUGUGCGCUCCAACCUGCUGCCCACCAUCCAGCCCCCACCCGCUGCUCAGGCCGGCGCCAAGCCACAAGGCUCCGCCGCCUCCGAGGCUAUUGGCAAGUUCGUCAAGGAGUACUACGAUGGCUCCAUGACUCUUGUUGCCCUACUUGAGAUCUUCCUCUGGUUCCGCGUCCUCGGCUCUGCCAUGCUCUUCCAGAAGGGCUCAUGGAUCCUCCUCGCUGUCUACACUGUCUUCUUCCGCGCUCGCGUUGCGCAGAGCAGCUUUGUCCAGGAGGCUAUCAACCAGCUCACUGCCCGCAUUGACGCUCAGCUUGCCAACCAGAGCACUCCUCCCGCUGCCAAGCAGGGUUGGGCUACCUUCAAGGGCAUUGUCAAGCAAGCCGGCGAUGCUACUGACAUCCGCAGGUACGUUGGCGGACAACAGGGAGCCCCUAAGAAGGCACAGUAAGCGUUUCUCUACGCUUGCGAUAAUGUCCCCGCCUCCAAUCGCGCACGACAACAUACGUGUUGGAAGGUUGUGGUACCAUUCUUGACGAAGAUACGGCAGUCAUGACGAAGAAGACAAUAGACAUGUUUGCGUCGCCUGUGGACGAUCGAAGGAAAAGUGUUUGAGUCGGAAUUUGGUCGUUAACGAUAUCCCAAAUGUGCGAGGCUGGUUCAGUCUGGAGUAGUUGACAGUAUAGUAGGAUAGUAUGGGUCGAAGGAAUAUAUGGCCAUACAGGAUUUGCGCUUGGAGGAGGAUGUUAGGAUGAAUUCUCCCUGUCUUCACGGAGAAAUGUGGUGUUUCUGGUCUGUUAUCAUGUUCGCAAUCGCAGUACAAUCAAUGUUCAUAUUGUUAUUUGAACCCUAUACAUGAAUGUGGUUGUGCUUAGUUAACAUAAUCUGGGUAGCACAUGAUCAC